CGCAAAGACACAAUCUUGCCACCUAUAAAUCGAACUCAGUCCAUUUGCAAUGGAUUCUUUUCUCUCUCCUCUAUCUUCCCGUACUUCGCUCUUCUCCUUCUCCGGCACCGCCGCCCUUCAGAUCGCUUGAAACCCCGCGUUCCGAUUUGUUGUGAUCUCUAGACUAAUUUAUUGUAGUUAAUUAAUAAUUAAUUUAUUGGAACGGUUCGCUCGAUCUCGAUCCAGAUCUGUUUGUGCUUCUGGUUUCUGUGAAUAUACCGUUAGAGAGAUCGGGGUUGUAGCGAGAAGUUGAUUUGUAAAGUGGCGGUGGUUGUGUGUCGGUGAAGCGUUGAACUGAGCUGGGAAAGAGACCUCGUAAUCUCCGCCUGGAACCCUGUCGGUGGGUAGAAAUCGACGGAAUUUGGGAGUGAUUUGCCAACAUUUCAUCGACUAUCUUCUCCGUUGAGGUGAAAGGGAGUUUAAAACGACGCCUUUUCAGUGAAGCGGUUGGAUUGUUGAAAGAUGGAUCAAGAUCUGCGCAAGAAGAGUUCGAAAGAGGUUGAGUUCUUUACAGAGUAUGGGGAUGCAAACAGGUAUAGAAUCCUGGAAAUUAUAGGGAAAGGGAGCUAUGGUGUUGUUUGUGCGGCCAUUGAUACUCAUACUGGGGAGAAAGUAGCAAUUAAGAAAAUAAACAAUAUUUUCGAGCACAUCUCUGACGCAAUUCGGAUUUUGAGGGAAGUCAAGUUGCUUAGGCUUUUGAGGCACCCUGAUAUUGUUGAGAUUAAACGAAUUAUGAUACCUCCUUCAAGACGGGACUUCAAAGAUAUAUAUGUUGUUUUUGAGCUCAUGGAAUCCGAUCUUCACCAAGUGAUUAAAGCCAAUGAUGACUUGACACAAGAGCACCACCGCUUUUUCCUCUAUCAGAUGCUGCGUGCUUUAAAGUACAUGCAUACUGCCAAUGUUUAUCACAGAGAUCUUAAACCAAAAAACAUAUUGGCAAAUGCAAACUGCAAACUAAAAAUAUGUGAUUUUGGAUUAGCAAGGGUUGCAUUCAGCGACACACCUACGACUGUCUUUUGGACGGAUUAUGUUGCUACAAGAUGGUAUAGGGCUCCUGAGUUAUGCGGAUCUUUCUUUUCCAAGGGAGGACUAAUGAACUCUCCUGGAAGUUGAAUUUUCUUUCUUCAGUAUACUCCUGCCAUUGAUAUUUGGAGUAUUGGCUGUAUUUUCGCUGAGGUUCUGACGGGAAAACCACUUUUCCCUGGGAAAAGUGUCAUUCACCAGUUGGAAUUGAUUACUGAUCUUCUGGGGACACCAUCAGUAGAAACUGUUUCUGGGGUUCGUAAUGAGAAGGCCAGGAAAUAUCUAAUGGACAUGAGAAAAAAGAACCCCGUUUCUUUUACCCAGAAAUUUCAUGGGUUGGAUCCUUUGGCAGUUCGACUGCUGCAGCGGUUAUUGGCAUUUGAUCCCAAGGACCGGCCCACUGCUGAACAGGCAUUGGCAGAUCCAUACUUCAAGGGAUUAGCCAAGAUUGAGAGAGAACCUUCCUGUCAACAAAUCUCUAAACUGGAAUUUGAGUUUGAGCGCCGGAGGUUGACAAAGGAUGAUGUCAGAGAUUUAAUAUUUAGAGAGAUAUUAGAAUAUCAUCCACAACUUCUUAAGGACUACCUUUCGGGAAAUGAAGCCACAAGCUAUCUCUACCCAAGUGCUAUAGGUCAUUUUAGAAGGCAAUUUGCUUAUCUGGAAGAAAUGAGUGGUAAAAGUGGGCCAGUGAUUCCUCCUGAAAGAAAGCAUGUCUCUCUUCCACGUUCUACAGUUAAUACAAGUACUGUCCCACCCAAAACCCAACCAACCGCAUCCAUGUGUGAUCAUCGACGGGUGACUGAAGAAGUAUCUGCGGGCUCCAGAGUUACAGAGACUCCUUGUAAUCAUGUACCCAAGGUUUCACGACCACCACCACCUGUGCCAGUAGCUGCAGCUAUCCCGAGAGUUGUAGGUCCGGUUUUACCCCUAGAUAGUGAGAGAAGGACCAGGGAGUGUCAUAACGGGCAUUUAUGUUCACGGAAUCCCGUCAUGCAUCCGCAGGGAGUACCUUCCCAUUAUUAUGUAUAUAGGAAUAACUCAGUAAAGAACGAAGAGCAGUGUGUUGCCGAUACUGGGAAAGAGUCAUCACAGCAGAUUAUGAUGAAACAGCAGCCAGACGUGCAGCAAGAUGCUAAGCUAACCCCACCUAGGACAAAUGCCAGUGGUGGUGUUAUUAACCGCAACCCAUAUUACCACCCGACGCAUACAAAUAACAUCGUCCAACUAAAUAGUCAGAUGGUUGCUCUUGAUGCUAAACUUAUGCAGCAGGCGCAAACCCAUCGUGAAGUCGGUGCUGUUGUUCAGUAUGGUCUGAUCUGACCCGUCUAUUUCAAAUGCAAGUGUAUCAUCUAAUUUAGAGUAUAGAUCUGAAAAUUUGAAGAGGGCUAGGUAGUUUCUGUGUCCUGUGAAAAUCAUUCAUGUUAUUAGUGUGCCCUCAUAUGUAUGCCCCAUGUAAAAGUAAGGUAUUGUUGUAUCAUUUGUUUCCUGAAUAAAAUAAAAUAAAAUAAACUUUCUCCUCCCCAAUCCCAUGGAUAUGUAUUUAACUUUCUUAAACUCUUAGAGCCGUAGUACUUUAUUAAUAAAAAAAGUUUUAUGAAGAAUAGGUAAAA